AUGGUGGUCAGCGUUGGACUUAUGCCAAGCAGUUCAAUAUCGACAUCUCCAGCAGAUGUUCAAACAAUAAUUCGAUUAGCUGAAGAAAAAAUUCGUAUUAAAACAAUUGCAUUAGGUCUUCGUGUAACAGAAUUUUUUCAUGAUUUUGAUCGUCUUCGUUCGGGUUAUGUUACUGCAUCACAAUUUAAACGAUGUUUGGAUACUAAUUUACGUCUUCAAUUAUCAUCGGUAGAAGAAGAAUUACUCUUUCAAAAAUAUGAUCUUAAACAUGAUGGAUCGAUUUGUUAUCGAGAAUUUUGUGAUAUUAUUAAUCGAAAAUAUCCAGAAACAACAAUUACACCAUAUCCAGAAAAUUUUACAAAUGCUGCUCCACCAUAUCUCAAUUCAUGGCGUUCAACUCGUCAUGUAGGUACAGAAGAUGAAAGUGAACGUUUACAAAAUGUUCUUCAACGUAUUGCUACAUAUUGUAAACAACGUGGCAUUGAUGUUUUAUCAAUAAUGGAACAAUAUGAUAAACAUAAGAUGGGUGAAAUAACUGAUAGUCAAUUUUAUCGUGCUUUUAUUGGACCACAAUUAACUGAAGCUGAUAUGACACUUCUUCGAGAUAAAUAUUCUGAUCCAGGAAAACCAGGUUUAAUUAAUUAUUUAAAUUUUGUUCAAGAUCUUAAUACAUAUUCACGUACAAAUGAAAUAACAGUUUCUACAACUGAUAACAGUAAUAUUCAACAAAUUCCAUUUGUCGGUGUUGAAGAAAGAGCUGAACAACGUUCAAUAC